AAGUGGGAGGGCUCUCAACGAGUAACCAAGAGGGAAGAAACUUUCUAUCACUUUCUAAUACACAAGUUUAACUGGAACAUUUUCAGCAGGGGAUCACGCGAAGAUGGCGCGGCGCGGCUGCCGUGCCACGUCUCGUUUUGUGAAGGGAAUUGUUACAACUUUUAAAACAUCGUUGUUAAUUACCGCAUAUACCUGUCUUCUGUCUCCCUUUCCUGCCGAAGCUGGGCUGUACACAGCGUCUGAUCAGAUUAUCCUCUUAACCCCGGAAAAUGUGGACGCCGUUUUAUUUAAUUCCACAGCCGCUCUCGUAGUAGAGUUUUACGCUUCUUGGUGCGGGCAUUGUGUCGCAUUUUCUCCAAUUUGGAAAAGUCUUGCACGAAAUAUAAAAGAAUGGAAGCCAGCGAUUGAUCUGGCAGCCAUAGACUGUGCUGAUGAGCAAGGCACGACUGUGUGCACGCGUUUUGGCAUCACGGGGUACCCCUCGCUGAAGUUUUUCCAUGCAUACUCGAAAAAGGAGUCCAAAGGAGAAGAUUUGCGAGGGUUUUCAAGGGAUGUGAGGGGUUUGCGUCAUCUUAUUAUCGAUAAGCUUCAUACACACGAGGAAACAUGGCCUCCAGCUUGUCCACCGCUAGAGACAGCCAGUGAAACAGAAAUCGAUCAUUUCUUUGAGACCAACAACGUGCAGCACCUGGCUCUGGUGUUUGAGACUGACGACUCCUACGUCGGCAGAGAGGUUACCUUGGAUCUGCUUCAGUAUGAGAAUAUAGCAGUGAGGCGAGUGCUUAAUACCGAGGAGGGACUUGUUUCCAAAUUGGGAGUGAAGGAUUUUCCCUCCUGUUACCUGUAUUACUCUGCCGGAAACUUCUCAAGGCUCCACGUGCAAAGUGAAGCCCGUGCUUUCUACACUUACGCCCUCCAGAGGCUCCCUGGGGUAGUGCGUUCAGGUAAACCACGUCAAACCAUAACUGACCUGAUCAAGAACACAACAAGGGAGCAAUGGAGACUGUUCAACAGCUCCCGUGUGUACAUGUCUGAUCUGGAGUCAGCUCUUCACUAUUCUCUGCGUGUGGAGGUGGCAUCUCAUCCUGUCAUCAGUGGAGAACGUCUGACCGCUCUAAAACGCUACAUGUCGGUACUAGCCAAGUACUUCCCCGGUCGGCCGGUGGUGAGAGGCCUGCUGAAGACGUUGGACAUUUGGCUCCAGAGUCAGCACGGCUCAGAAAUCAAAUACAGCGCUUUUAGAGACAUCCUGGAUCGCACAGUGGAGAACACGGACGCAGUGCUGCCUGAUGUUCUGCGGUGGGUGGGUUGUCAGGGCUCCCAGCCCCACCUCAGAGGCUACCCCUGCUCUGUAUGGACCCUCUUCCACGUCUUGACUGUCCAGGCCAAAAACACAGCAAGCUCAGACCCUCGCGAGGUGUUGCAGGCCAUGAGGAGCUACGUUCGCUCGUUUUUCGGCUGCAGGGAGUGUGCCGCGCACUUUGAGGGCAUGGCCGCGGAGAGUAUGCACAGUGUGAACACGUUAAGCAACGCCGUGCUUUGGCUCUGGUCUCGACACAACCGCGUCAACAACAGGCUGGCAGGCGCUCUGAGUGAGGACCCCCUCUUCCCCAAAAUCCAGUGGCCCUCCCCAGACCAGUGUCCCAGAUGCCAUGGGGUGAGAGGAAAAGGAGAGCACUCCUGGAACGAUGAGGAGGUGCUGGCUUUCCUCAGAUCAUACUUCUCCUCUGAACACAUUCUGUACGACUACCUGGAGGAUGAGACCCAGGUGCUCCAGAAUCACAGAGAACAGAUCGCUGCAGAAAGAGAGGAGCAGGAGGCCCUGAGAAGGAGGGCCAGGGAAGCUCAGGACGUCCCCGCCGCGGCCGAGGAGGUCCAGGAGGAGGAGGAGGAACAAGAGGAGGAGCAAGAAGAAGAAGCGGGUCAGGAGGAGAUGGAAGGAGCGGGAGGCACGGCGCAGAAAGACGAGCUGGACGGGGCAGGAACGGCGCGGCCGGGGGGCGGGGCGAAAUCCACAGACCGGGCGUGGUGGCCGGUCGGCGCGAGGCGAGAGGUCGAGCCGACGAGACGCCUCCGCAGGCCCAGCAUCAUCGGGCUAAAACUACGGGAGCCUCAGGAGGACAUAGUGGACCUGGACUCGUUCGUCAACCAGCAUUACAAAGCCAAAGCCAUGCGCGCCGCCGCGAUGGCCGGCCGGAUUAAGAAACGGAGCCUGCAGAGGAAGGUGGAGGUGGACGAGCUCCCCGUGGAAGGGAGGAGGUUGGCAGGGGAGUACGUGGGUUUGGAGGAAGAAGCGGAGGCCGAACUGUACCCGCGGUCCCACGAGAAGCGCUGGAUGUCCCUACUCAGUGUCGGCUUCUCCAGACUGGACAUCAGCCUGUGCCUGCUGCUCUAUUUGCUCUCUGCGAUGUGUCUGCUCAGCAUGUACCUGUACUUUAAAAUGAGGUUGAGGCUGAAAAGGGCCAAGGUGGCACUGCCCUGAAAUCUGACAGAAGCUGCGUGGGCCCCCAAGUCCCUUCUGUUAUGCCAGUCAUCAUAGACUACCGUUGUAAUGUCAGAUUCCGCCCCCUCAAACUUAAAUUCAGUGAUUUCAUAGGUUUAUGUAUUUCGCAAAUGGGUCAGAAAUUGCUUUAGACUUCAUGUUGUCUUUUUUUUUUUUUUUUUUUGGAAUAGAGGGCAGCUGUUCUGUCCUGAGAGCCAGUUUGAACCACUUAAGAAGACUGAAUUCAACAGUUGAUUAGUAAGAGUUGAUUUGUAUACUGUAUUUAUUUUAUUUUUUUGUGAAAUAUGAAACAUAUAAUGAAAAUGUUUAGUAUUACAUAAAAUGGUAAAAUGGUGGAUUUACACUUUUUGCCAGCAAGUUUCUGAAACACAGAUUAGUCUCCUGAAGAAAACACACACACACACACAUACACACACUGUAUGUGUGCUCUCUCUUACUCAGACAGAUACAUGCAUACACACACACACAAAUACAUUUUUUUCUUAAGUUCAUGCCAACCACUGUCUGCUCAUUCACUGAGCUGAAAAGUCAGUGAACUUCAAAGCAUCAUUUCCCAUCUUCUGUAAAGUAACCCCCCCCCCCCAAAAAAAGAAAAAAAAACUGCUGUAAGCUUGAUCUGUUUUUUUUUUUCAUCAUUCAGAAAACGUAGCUAACAAUCCAAGUAAAUAUUUGCACCAUAUCAUCGGAUGAGAGAUUUUCAUCAGUUUGUAUCCUUUCCAUGUUAGUGCCUUAUAUUUGCAAUUGACUGAUGUGAAUUGCUCAACUCAAGCCAUGGGUUUGCUUUGCUGGUGAGGGUGAAUGUGUGUUGUGGAGCAACACAGUGCAGAGGGUACUGAGAAAUCUUAGCGAGACAUGCUACAUCGCUAGUGUCGUAUAAUUUAAAAAUAAUUGUUCAAAGGUACCAAAAUCUUUUGCUCAGCUGGUUAAAAAUCAAUAAACAAUUAUUUUUGUUAA